GAGUCCGAGGCCGAGACGGUCGUGCUGUCACGAGACGACGAUUCGAACGAGACCAAGGCGAUCAAGACGGAGCGCGACGAAGACGAACCCGCCAGGCUCGACUGCAUCAAGGAAAGCACGCACUUGCAUUCGCCGCAGAACGGCCGCCGCCGGUCCAUCCAUGUCAAAGACGUCAAGUCCAACGGCCACGCCAAAGAUGCCUCUGACGACGCAAAGAGCCCGGUGCCCACGUCUCCCAGCACAGGCUCAAGACAGACCAAGGACACCAGCCCGCCUGGCUCGCCCGCCCAUCCCAUGCUGUCUCCUACACAGACCACCACGCGAGGGCGUAGCGCCUCCACGGUCGAAAGUCGAAAGCGCAAGCUACGCGACGAGUUUGGCAAGCUGGAGCCUCCACGCCAAAAGGCCAAGACAGAGGGGCUGAAGGACCGCACACAGCCCAACUCACCUGCGACAGGAGCCUUUGGCCGCCAACACAAGCGCUCGCAGUCGACACAAUCCGUUGUUUCUGGUGCUGCAGCACGCAAACGCAGGGAGGCACCGGGCCUGGCUGUUUCAAUCGAACGCUACUCAGACUCCAGCUCUGAGCGUUCCUCUUCUCCACGCGCCUCGGACGCAAACCCACACACGCGUGUCAAGCGCGGCACGGGCAGGGCGAUGACUUCUCCAGCGCGGAGCAUGCUCCAUGGCCGGAAGACGGAUAGGUUCGGUGCGACGCGGCUGGCUAGAGAAAGCGAAAAGGGCGACCUGGAUGCCGUCAGGGCGGCCUACGAGGAAGCCACUGGCGAGCUGGACCAAGCCGAUUUCGCAGGCAUCACGCCUUUGCAAAAGGCCGCCCUGAAUGGAUGGGCCGAAGUGGUCGAGUUCCUCAUUGAGAAGGGUUGCCGCACAGAUUGCGAAUCUGGCGAUCGGGACACACCGCUCAUUGAUGCCGUGGAGAAUGGACAUCUGGAUGUCGUCAAGAUUCUUCUUACCAAAGGACACGUCAAUCCACACCACCAAAACAAAAAGGGUCAACGCGCCAUCGAUGUCCUGGACCGCGAAGACGAAGACUGCGAGGAGAUUGAGAAGGAGCUCAAGGAAGCCAUGAGACGGCAGACAGACACCUCCACGUCUGAGCAACGCGAGAGAUCGUCGCAGAAACAGGCCAAGAGCGCCUCGCGACUCCUGUACAACGAGUAUAACGUCGAGACCCUAAUCGAAAAGGCUGGAGACGGCGACAUCCUUGCCGUCGGAGAGCUCAUCAACAGCAACAUCAAGCCAAACAUUACCUGUGGUGUUGCAGCUGCAAGAGGCGGACACUACGACAUACUCAGUAUUUUGCUUGCCAGUGGCCUCAAAGCAGACCCGGACCCUUCGAAGCACCCUGAGACGCCCAUGACUGUUGCCAUUGGGCGAGGUCAUGUCAAGAUUGUCACUUUGCUACUCGAGCAGGACAAUUUCAACCCCACCAGGCGUAACAAGGAAGGCAAGGCCUAUUGGGAGAUUGCCGAAGAACGCAGAGGCCCGAAGUGGGAGGAAGAGAGAGAUAUGCUCAAACAAGCCAGCGAAUAUUACAGCUCGACCCACAGAAGUCCGAGGAGGACUAAGAAGGAAGCGCCAAAUCCAGCGGCUGCACGAUUCAAGCGCAAGCCCUCUCCCAGAAGAGAACGCUCGCACUCGCCUCGGCCAGACGCGAAGCGCACUCAACUGAAGAAGUCGGACUCGAUCUCAGCACCGCAGAAGGCCAGGCGGCUGAAGUCUGGCACCGAAGUCAAGAGGCGGAAGCGCGUCGUGAGCGACGAGUCUUCUUCGGAUGAGAGCGAGGACGAAGUACGAGCUCCGACGCGGAAAGCCAAACGGUCGUACAGCGAGGGCGAGGAGGGCAAGCCUGCUAAGAAGCCGCUUAAAGCACGCUCCGAUGAUAACGAAACCACGAAACGCACAGCACGCGCAAAAUCGAACGACAGCGACGAGGAGAACGAUCAGAAACUAUCACCGGUCAAGGUCCACAAGAAGAUUGAAAAGAUUGCAAGCGCCAGACCUACGCCCGAGGUCGAGUCGACGGACGAACGCAAGCCUCUCAAGAACAAGAUCAAGUAUCGGCCGAUCGAAGACAAGAUCAAGAAGCGACGUUUUUCAGAUGCAUCCACAGACGGCCAUGUUGCCAAGAGGACACCCAGUGCUUCCGCAAAGUCCACACCUGCGCCUCCUGAACGGACUGCCACUCCAGAGGUUCUGCGCGAGCGCCGUGCGGAAGAGCAGCGUCUGGAAGCAGAAGCGAAGCGCAAAGCUGCAGAGGCCGAAGCCCGUAAAGCUGAAGAAGAAGAGGCCGCUCGUAAAGCAGCAGAGGAGGAGGAAGCACGCAGGAAAGAAGAGGCGGAUGCCAAGGUCAAGCGCGAAGCUGAGGAAGCUGAGGCUGCACGCAAGCAGGAAGAGGAAACUGCCCGCAAGCUCGCCGAAGACGAAGCCAAACGACAAGAGGAGCUUGCAGCCCGCCAAGUACGAAUCGCAAAGCUUCCCAAAGCACUACGACGAGCGUGUGAGUUGGGCACUGACCGACCUCUGCAUUUCUCUGGUGAGGAAUUGGGUGUAUCGCCAGUAUUCCUUCCGCUCCUAUAUGCUACAGCCAAAGACCUUCGCGAUCCGAGCGCCACCUCUGACAAGACCUACGUCUGCUCGUUCCAGGUUGUUGGCAUCCUUGGUCUGCCUGAGCUCGAUCUCGCUCAUCUCUCCGGGCCGUACUCGGACUGGACUCGCAUCACCGUUUCGCGCAAGCAGCGAGAGGCUAUUUUACGGCAGUACGACGUUGCUCUUCUGGCGCAAGACUUCCGCUUCCCGAUGGAAGGAUCGCCAGAGUUUGACUACGUCAAGAUACAAGAAAGCAUCAAGGAGGCAAAGAACCAGUUUCUAGCUAUGGAAGGGCUGUACUGGGUCGAGGAGGCGCUUCUUAGCUCCGAGAUUGAAAAGGUUGAUUCUCUGCGGCCUCUGCUCGAAGACGUCAGGUCCGAGUGCAAGAGAAGGCGUCUACAUAUUGUCGACUUCGAUGAACAUAAGAUGGAGAAGAAGCACAAGCCCAGGAAGAGCUUCAUGGACAUGGUCAUGGCACAGAACAAGCUGAACGGC